GCUUCUAAAACCUUCUGGCUUGCUGUAUUUCAAUCUUCAGUCGGUGUUCCUUUCUAGCGGUUCGCUUGGCAUAGUAAUAUCUUAGGCAGUCACCCGGUUCUCCACCAUCAACACCAUGGCAACAGCAGUCAACGCCUCACGAUCCCUAUUUCGGUCAUUUUGUCGGGUCACCCAACACCAGACCUGUAGCUUCCAUCGUUCGGUAGAGAGACAUGAAGCUGUCAUAAUUUCAGGAAGGAAACUUGCACGGCAGAUUCGACAAGAGGCCAAACAAGAAGUGCAGCAGUGGGUGGCUGCCGGUAAUAAGCGACCUCACCUCAGUGUUAUUCUUGUUGGAGAAAACCCUGCUAGUCAUUCUUACGUCUUGAAUAAAACCAAGGCUGCAGCAGACGUAGGAAUUAGCAGUGAAACAAUUCUAAAGCCAGACAGUGUUACAGAGGAGGAACUUUUGGAACUUAUUGACAAACUGAAUGAUGACAGCAGUGUAGAUGGAUUACUGGUACAACUUCCCCUUCCUGAACACCUUGAUGAAAGGAAAAUAUGUAAUGCUGUGUCUCCCAUCAAAGAUGUAGAUGGCUUCCAUGUAGUCAAUGUGGGCCGAAUGUGCCUGGACCAGUAUUCCAUGCUUCCAGCUACUCCUUGGGGGGUGUGGGAAAUCAUCAAAAGAACAGGAAUACCUACCCUUGGGAGAAAUGUGGUUGUAGCUGGUAGAUCGAAAAAUGUUGGCAUGCCCAUUGCAAUGUUACUUCACACUGAUGGAAGACACGAACGUCCUGGAGGUGAUGCAACAGUGACCAUUUCACAUAGGUAUACACCUAAGGAACAGUUAAAAGUUCACACUAAACUAGCGGACAUCGUUGUUGCUGCUGCAGGAAUUCCAAACCUGAUAACAGCAGACAUGAUUAAAGAAGGUGCGGCAGUAAUAGAUGUUGGAAUAAACAGAGUGUGCGAUCCUGUCACAGGAAAACCCAAACUUGUUGGAGAUGUGGAUUUUGAAGGAGUAAAAAAGAAGGCCAGUUACAUCACACCGGUACCAGGAGGUGUUGGACCUAUGACCGUUGCUAUGUUAAUGAAGAACACAAUUAUUGCAGCCAAGAAAAUGGUGUGCCCACCGACAGAAGUACAGGCAGUUGCUGUGUAACCUGAGAUAUGGACCUAAAACUUUACAUUCCAAGUUUUUCACUCCUCCAUAAACAAAACAGGCCAAAGGAUAUGCAAUAAUUUAUUUAUUACUCCAUAUCAGUUUAAUCUAAAAAGUCUAUAUUUAUUUAAAGAAUAUUGACCCAAAAGUGUGUACAUAUUGUGGAUUCCUUGCUGUUUUAGGUAUGUUUUCCAAGUACUAGCGUUGCUCCAAAGCACACACAGAGGGAAUCUGUAGUCUUUCUUUUUUUAUAUUUGUUUUAUUUUACGAGCACUUAAGAAGUGGAUGACUUAAUUUCUGGGAGGGCACAGAGGUCAAUCUCAGUUACUAGGAAGGGAAGGUGUUUACCUCAUCAAGGAUAAGGACUGAAGAAAAGAAACCAUAGUGAAUGAUAUGCUAGAGUUUUGGAUUAUGUCCCGGCAAAUCUCUUGCAAUGGUUAGAGCUCAUCAUACCUCACUGAUGUGGAUUGGUACACAAGCCUUGUUGAACACAACAUGUUUGUUGGGUUGUAUUAAAUGCCAAACAUCUUUUGAUUCAUUACCCUUAUGCAGUGUUUUAAGGCAAACUCAGAGAGCCAGGAUUUUUCUUUAUAGCACUCCCAAAGGUAUCUGGUGAACCGUGGUUAUUUAUUUCUUAAGUUAAUAUCGACUGUAGUGAAAUACUUGAUCAGUUUUAACCCUUAAAUUGUCAAAUGAUAUAAAAGAUAUCUGGUACUGUGUAGGCACUAAACACUGGUGGAAAGGUUAAAAGUAGUUUUUCUAAAGAGCAGACAUUUGUAUUGUCUGUAAACACAAACAGCUCCGGUUUAUUGUCUUUAUUUACCCAGUUAACAAAAUAGUUUGAAUAUUUAUUUUUAGCUACCUAGUUUUGGGUGAACUAAGCAACUGUUGCUUUAGUGGAUGCAUGUACUGAGUAAAAGCUUUUAUUGUGGAUAACAAAAUAUCCCAACAUAGAACUGUUUUUUGCUUAUGUCUUCUAUUCAUUGUCCUGUAACAACAUUUUUGGUUUUGCACAAUAUUCUGUUUUUUUUUUCUUUUUUUAUUAAAUGAAAAUGCAUCAAUGAC